CCCAAAGACCAGAAGGAGCACCGUCUUGCCCACUUUCACCUACUGGCAUUUCUUUUUCUCAGGUUUUGCAUCGCAGGAGGUCCAACCAGCGGACUAGGAUUCACUCUCAACGGAUAAUCAAGUCCACGGAUUUUCCUCCACAAAAAGUGCUUCGCUCCAGUUAAUCCAUGUGAAAAACUUCGUGGAUAUGGUGUGAAUCGUUAGUUAGAAGUGUUUUCGUUAACUCAGUUCGCGAAGUUCUGAGUUUGGCGGUAAAAUUAGGAUUUGUUCGCAAACUUUUAGAAAAAAAAAUCGGUUGAUUUGUUUGAAAUGAAAUGAUUAUGUAGCAACUUUUUUCAUAAUGUUUCUUCUCUUCGGCAGAACUACACAUUGAUUGAUAAGUGCACAUUGGAAAAAAGAGUGAAACCAAAUAUUCUAUAUUAAAAACAUUAUGCAGCUCCUGUUAGGAUCGUUAGGUUUUAUUCUUUAUGCACUUCUGCAGCCUAUUUUCUGUUCGUCUACAUCGACGACUACAGAAACGCCAGAAGCACCUAUGACAGUGAUAGGUGUCGCAGGCUCACCAGUCAACCUGCCCUGCAACAUAACACCUCCAGGAGAAGAAGAUGCAGAGGACGCCAUAGCCUUGGUUCUGUGGUACAAGGAUGAAUCAACAACCCCGAUUUACAGUUUAGAUGCCAGACAGGGCAGCUUGGACCAAGCAAGGCACGCUGCUAAAGACAGUCUAAAUGCCAGAGCUCACUUAAGUAUAUCAGAAAGACCAGCUUUCCUUAAGUUGGAUCCGGUAAUGGUGGAAGAUGAAGGAGAGUAUAAAUGCAGGGCGGAUUUCAAAAAAGCAAGGACGCGGUACAUGUCUGUGUUUCUGAAAGUAGUGGUGCCACCUGGUAAACCUGUAAUAACAGAUCGAAACAAAGAAGUCCUUCAAAGCCUAAUAGGACCAUAUAACGAGGGAGAACCACUAGUGUUGAUUUGUGAAGCUAUUGGAGGGCAACCCACACCAACACUCACUUGGUGGAGAGAAUCCGUGCUUUUGGACGAUAGUUACGACAUUCUCCCAAACGGUGUAAUUCGAAACGAAUUACUUAUAUCGUCAUUACAACGUCACGACCUGAUGGCAGUUUUAUCGUGCCAAGCUUCCAAUAACAACGUUUCUCUACCCAUGUCUUCAUCAGUCACUGUAGAUAUGAAUUUCAGACCAUUAGACGUGAUGAUUGAGGGGGAUCGGCAGCCUUUAUCAGCCCAUAAAACAGUAGAGCUGGUUUGUAGAGCAACAGGUUCAAGACCACCAGCCGUUAUCACUUGGUGGAAAGGUACAUCGAAACUAAAAGCCCUCAAAGAUAACAUCUCAGUGGAUGGAAACGUCACCACAAGCAUUAUCACCAUGACGCCAUCUAGCGAAGAUAAUGGGAAACAUCUGUCUUGCCGAGCCGAAAAUCCCUUGAUAGCAGGCAGCGCUAUCGAAUAUGGAUGGAAACUAGAGGUCCACUAUGUUCCCCAAUUAACACUUCGGCUUGGCAGUAAGUUAAGGCACUCUCACAUACAAGAAGGUAACGACGUUUACUUGGACUGCAGUAUCAUUGCAAGCCCAUGGGUGAACGAAAUCGGCUGGAGAUUCGGUGGCAAAGAGUUGCACACAAAUACAACAGCAGGAAUCAUAGUCAGCAACCAGAGCUUGGUUCUUCAAAAGGUGCAACGGUCUUCAAGAGGUCAUUACACUUGUGUUGCCAGUAAUAGCGAAGGAGAAGGAGAGAGUAAUGUUGUGCAAUUAAGAGUACAAUACAGUCCAUUGUGUAAGCCUGGACAGAAAGUGGUAUAUGGAGCAGCCAGGCACGAAGCGGUUAAUGUUCUUUGUGAAGUAGAAGCAGAUCCAAGGCAAGUCAAUUUCCACUGGGAAUUCAACAGUUCCUCCGACAAUCUGCAAGUCCUACGUUUUGUUCCGGAAGGAUUACGGAGCGUGGCGACCUACAUUCCCCGGACGGAACAGGACUACGGGACCCUCCUGUGUUGGGCAGAAAACAGUGUGGGGAGACAGAAAGAUCCAUGCGUCUACAUCAUUGUCCCUGCAGGUCCACCAGAUCCCGUGCAGAACUGCUUUGUGACGAAUCAGACAGAAGAUUCGUUUCGAGUGGAAUGUACCGAAGGAUACGACGGAGGCGUAUCUCAGCAUUUCGUCUUGGAAGUUUACGAUGCCGUUAAUAGUGUGCUUCAGACAAAUAAAACCUCCAACGAGCCCCUCUUCAAUGUCAAAGGCCUGUUACCAGGAAUGGAGUUUCUUAUCAUUGUGUAUGCCAUGAACAGUAAAGGCCGCAGUGAAUCGAUAGCUCUGAGGACAUCCACUCUCACCACUCCAGAGAGUUUGACUAGAACAGAGGGUGAUGUAUGGCAAGUGAGCUUCAGUCCUAUUUUGGUAGUCCUCUUGGCGAUUGUAAUCGGAUUAGUUUUGAUUGUUUUGUUUGUGAUUUUGAUCGUGAAGUUCCGUAAGAAGCAAAACAACAGAAAAGCUGCCCAAGAUUCAGCGAAAGAUGACAAAUGUCAAACACCGUUGCGGAAAGACACUGAUGACGAAUGGAAGUCCUGCAGUUGCGCAGGCGAAGAAAAAUGCCCCGAUAUCAUUCCAGCUCCGUUGAGGGAAGGAGCCAUCGAAGAUGAUGAUGAUCUUUGUGGAGAUGGCCUUCACUGGCGUACGUCAUCUGUAGACAGUGGUCCCGGGAUCCUUACACCAGAAUCUUAUUCUAGAAGUAAACUGACUGCGUCUGGUGUGCCAUUACUACAGAACACGCCACCAACCCCACCCCUUUCACAAGAGCUCUCCUUACAGCCCACUUUACUACAGGAGUAUUCGCCUACACGAGUCAUCGUCAAAACUGCCAAACAGGGAUUGGGUGAUAGCCACACAGAACUUAUCACCACUACCAGUCGACAGACAAAAGUCUGAAGGAGUACCUGUUAGGUGUAACUUUAACCAGUAUCUUAAAGCAACGCAAUAUGCUUCAGUGGAAUAAAGGAUUUAUGAAUUCAUGAGACAAAAAAACCAUUAAUGUGAUCUCAAGACUUAUCAAAGCAGCGAAAUUUUAUCCCUGUGACAAGAUCUUCAUUUGGUUUUCAUAGACUCUCACGUGACAUAUGAACAAACGAUUUCGUCAUUUUCACGAUACAUCUCAUCAGAAGGACCUUAUUCAUAACAUAAAGUUUUCGAUGAACAUUGAACAGAAAACUUUUGUUGAACUCAUUUUGCUUCCUGUGGUUCAGGAGCUUAUCAUUGCGGUCAAGUACUUAUGUGUUUUAAAAACUGUGUGGUGCAGGUUGUCUGUGUUAUACUUCGAAUUACAUCUAUAGAACUAAAAUAUACGAUUCAGACUUUAAACUGGCUUCUGAAUUAGCACAAAUACAAAUUGCAUUCUAAGAAUGUUGCUGUGGAAAUAUUUAUGACCACUUAGUAAACCAGUAAUCGUUGUCUUUAUGCUACAGGAUGAGUUUCUUUUUAUAUAAUUCUACAAAAUUUCUCUAAAUGUAUGCGACUGGAUACAUACGAAAUGCAAGAAAUAAAUUCAAAUUUUCGUUUUUAAUAUAAGUUAUCAUUUAAAUUAUUUUGCAAAUGGUUGAUUAAUAAAUUAUUAUUUAUUUUUAUACAAAACUUUUCUCUUUCGGGUAAAACAAAUUAAAUAAACAUUUUCUUUAACAAUCAAGUAGUAAGUUAUUUAAUAAGGUAACAAUUUUAGAGAAUGACCACUGAGCAAAGGAAGGAAAGAAUGAAAUAGAUAGUUCCAAAAAAAAAGGAAUGGAAGUUUCAAAGUUCCCAUAUUAUCUGAAAUUAUCUAAUGUUGAUAUGAAAUACAUCAACUUUGCUAAAAGUUCAAGAAUUCAUAUUAAAUCUGCACUCAUUUUCAAUAUUUAAAUAUAAAUUAUUUUUUUCAGAUUUGAUAAAACAUCAAAUCAAAAACUUAUUUAAUAGAUAAGGUAAAUUGAUUUAAAUUACUUAGUAAAAACAUCUUCCUCCAAAUAAUGUCCAAUAGUGUUUCAAAAUAUUGUUUCUUGUAUUUAUUCUGUUCUUGGCUUAUACGAAUUCAGUUUCGAUUGGAGUAUAUGAGACCAAUUUCAUUCCAAAUCUCUAAAAUAAAUUUAUCUUUGUGAAUGUAUUGCAUUUGAUAUUUAAAUCAAUCAAUUUGUUCUGUGCUAUUUCACUCUUCCAGUUAUAUUAUUAUGACAAUGUUAAAUAUAAAUGUGACUGUAAAACAAAAGACUGAUUUUAAGAUAUUCAAGAUAACGGAAUAAUUAUUAUAACUCAUAAAUGUUCUCAUUCCAGGACUGAAAUAUGAUGCUUCAAAAAUUUAGGUGAAUAUUUUCAGAAUAAAAAGGACUCUGAUAUAUCAAUGUCUAUGUGUACAUAAAACACACACAAGAUGAAAUUUUAUACACAUAUUUGAAACUUGUGAAUCGGAGAAUGUCAUCGAUGCAAUGUUUUGAUGAUGAAAAUAAAGCUUUUUAUU